UUCAUGCACCGUAAGCACAGGGUGCACGCAACUUACGUUAUAUAAAAGUUUGAGUCAAAUUCAGUGGCGUUCGGGCUUCGAAAACGGACUGUGCAUGCUUACCAAUUGUUAAAUCUGGUCCUGAAGAUCAUGAUUUAUUAUGUGACGUUGCAAUUUUUAUGCUUUUCCUAGUUUGAACAUACUUGACAUUCUGUUUGAAUUUAAAAUUUGUAAACCCCGGAGGCUUGUUGUCCUCCUGUAAGGACGUCCUGUGGCCCGAAAAUAUCUCUGCAAUGCCAUGCAGGACAGCGACAUGCCUUUGCAAGUGUGUUAAGAAUAGAUCCACAAUGGGCCUCGCUCCCGUCUUCUGUUGUCUCAGGACAGCCAGUUGUCUGCAGGGGACUCUGAGAGAAGGAGUUGGGAACAUUUUUCCUGAUUUUCACUCCAGUCAGUUUUGGGGUACUCAUAAUGGAUCAUGUUGGAUUUUAGUAACAGGAACCUUGAUUAUGUUCCACUUGGAUAAUUCCAACCAGAGGUUAUUGAGUUUGGUACAGGUCUAAGAGAAAACUAAAGGUGACAAAAGCUGAAGUGCUGCAUGGGGAAUUAAGCCAGAGGCCUAGAACUUUGGGGGCCAGGUGGUUUUGGAUGACUGGGUGGACAGAACAUGGCGGGAUCCAGUCCAUCGGAAAUCAUCUUUAUCGCCAUCAAUAACAGCAUCACCUUGAUAGGAAAAGUGUGGUUCGUUGUGAUGAUCUUUCUACGCGUCCUGAUCCUCCUCCUUGCUGGUUACCCUCUCUACCAGGAUGAACAGGAACGAUUUGUAUGCAACACCAUUCAACCAGGCUGUGCCAACGUUUGCUAUGAUAUAUUUUCUCCGAUAUCCCUUUUCCGCUUCUGGCUGGUGCAACUCGUCACCUUAAGUCUGCCCUACAUCAUCUUUGCAAUCUAUGUGAUCCAUAAGGUGUCAAAUGGCCUCGCUGUUACUAUGAGCUCCUCGGGUCCAGGUGAAACUGUUCAACUUUGCAAGAUCCAGCAAGAGCUGUUCGUCAAGACAGCUGGAAAAAAGAAGUCUCCAGGAGUGGAGCGAGGGUCGAUCCGAUACUUCACAGGUGCAUACAUACUUCAGUUGAUGUUACGGACUUUUCUGGAGGCGGGAUUCGGGGCGGCUCACUACUACAUGUUUGGGUUCUACAUCCCCAGGAGGUUUCUGUGCCAGCAUCCUCCAUGCACAACCCAGGUAGACUGCUAUAUCUCCAGACCCACUGAGAAGACUGUGAUGCUCAACUUUAUGCUUGGGGUGGCGGCCUUGUCUCUUUUCCUAAAUGCUCUGGAUUUUAUUUGUGCCAUCAAGCGCUCCGUGAGGCAGAAGAGGAGGACAAAGGUGAUGGAGAUUGUUUAUGAGGACGAGCACAAUUUCCUGGGGACCCCGAAUCCAAAUUUUAGUCGUCAAGCUCCGGAAAUAGAUGCUGGUCAAAAAGGGAGUUUCUGGAAGAGGCAAGGCAGCAGGGGUCCUUGCAAAGGGGGGCCAUUCGGAAUAAUUCAGGAUGCACCCUCUGCCCUUCACCAUUCGAAACCUCUGGGCUGCAACGCCAAUGGAAACAAUGGCUACUCUGCUUCCCUAGAGGAGGCUCUUGAGAAGGAAGGCGACGAGCGGGCUCUCUGUCCCUUAGAGCCGACAGCGAACCCCAAAGCCAUUUCUGUUAAUAAACGCAGCAGGCUCAAACCUCCGCCACCCCCCAGGCGGGACCUCAGGGUGUUACCACGAGCCAACAGAGAUCAACCCGCAGCAACAGGAGCCUGCACGAGGAGGAUUGGUCACUACACUUUGGUGGAGCUGGGCAGUGGUGCAGAACUAUCUAAUGAUGAAGGUCAGGAGAAAAGAUCCGAGUGGGUGUGACUUUUUUCCAUUAUUUGCAGGAUUGUUAUCCAAGAUGAGACCAAGGUAAAUAAGAAGUGACAGCAACUUGAGAUCCAGUUCUACAUAGUGGCAACAACUGUUGGAUCCCUUGCCGUUCUACCUCAUUGUACGUCACUUUCGCUUAAUCAGCACACUGCCAACAGAUCGUGUUGCCGUCUCUGUGAAGCUUGUGUUUUAUACCCUUUGAUGCGAAGCGACAAUAUCUUGCGUCAAGAAUAACUCCCUGGAGUCGUGAAAGGAAAGCUGUGUGAGCCUUAAGCCUCAUUGGGUGGGCCGCACUUCGACCUUGAGCUCAUCUAAAAGUACAGCUCACCUGUUUCCACCACUCCGGACCACAGUCUCUAUAAAAGAGCACAUGACCUCGCCCUGUCAUUCCUCCUGUGGGCGCUUCUUAUGCUCGAGGUCAAAGUUCCAGUCAGGAGCCUUUGUGCCUGUCUGUGGGUGUUUGGUUGACUUUUUCAAAAGACA